AUGCAUCCAUCUUAUAGACCAUUACCUUCACCCGCGACACCUGGUACAUCGUUAACGCAUUAUCCUCACCCUUCAUAUGGAUUUCCAUCUGUACCACUAUCAUCCGCCUCAAGCAGCAUCAUAACAAUGAAUCGUAAUCUGAGUUAUAACGAUCAUAGACACGCGUCAACAGGUUCGAUCCAUAGUAUAAGCCAUAGUCAAACGAAUCAUCCAGAUUAUAGUGAUUCAGAAUCAGAAGGUGAGGGUGGUACAAAGUUAGAGAAAGAUAAACUGGAGAUUCGUCGUGAGAAGAACAGAGUAAAACAGAGAAAUCUACGUCUACGUCGGGCGAAUCACAUUGCCGAUCUAGAGAAGAACCUGACAACGCUUAAAACUGAACAUUCCUCUUUACAGACUUCAAUCGGUCAUCUUCAACAACAUCAAGUCAAUUUACAAGGAUGGAUACACGAUUUGGAGACAGCUCUAUUCGCCAAUGGACUAGCAGGUGAAGUUGAAACUAUACGUCGAAUAUGGACUGAAAGAAAUGAUCUUCUUGAUAGAGGAGUAUCAGCUGCGAAAUCAUCGCAUGGUGUCACAUUCGGUUCUGGGCCUAGCUCUGGACACGUUCACAGUCAACCACAACCAGAAACACAAUCACAACCACAACGACCCCAACCUCACCCUCAAGUACAGGUCCAAUUGCCUACUCCUACUGGACAAGAUCAACAAUCGAGAGAUCCUUUGACGACAUUAGCAAGAGCAGCCUCUUCCGUACCGGCACCGCCAGGUCUAGGAUCAAGUUCAGCUUAUAAUGAAGGUAGAAUGAUUCAUCCGCCUACAUCAGUAUCGGAUGGUAGACCUACCUUACCACGGCCAUCAUCCUUCUCGAUGCCAGGCUCGGGCUCAGGUUCAGCUUCAGGUUCGGGAUCUGGGUCAUCAGUACCGACUAGUUCAAGAUCAUUCGAGAAUCCUUAUCCCACUCCUGAAAUCGGUUGGGGAUCACAAAUGAGUGAAUGGAUGCAACCUCCAGACUCGAUAGAGAAGAAACGAAAACGUGAACGUGAUUCGCACCAUUCAUCUUCAGAUUAUCAUCGACCUUUAUCAUCUUCAUCAUCAGCUUCAAUGAGACCUGGUUCAUCAUCAAAUCGACCUGGAUUGCAUCCUAUGUCAGGUAGAUUAUCGGAAUCGAAUAUACAUACUUUAGCACCCAUACAAUCGUAUAGACAAACAUCACCUAUCUCAAAUAAUUCCAGACCGUUAUCUGCACCUUAUCAAUCUCAUACCCCAACAUCACGUACUGCGCAAUCGUCAAUAUCAGCUCAAGGUGGUGUUGGAUCAUCGACCACUGGAAAUGUAUCCCCACGAUCGAUCAGGAUUUCCGAUUUGGUUUCGCCAAGACCUUCUCAAGUGGAACUUGUCCUUCCAAGUCUGUCCACUUCUAUAAGCGGAAGUGAUUUUGCUCGAGGGUCAUUGUCAGAGCUGAAAAGAGAUGUUGAGAGGAGAAGUUCAAGAGAAGGUGGCUGGAGUAGAUCCAACUCAAUAAGUGGUUUUGCCCCAAUAAGCGAGAUAUCGCAUGGUAACGGAACGAUCCUUCCACCGCUGAGGUAUUAUCAGCAAGAUGAAGAUAUGUCGAUUACUCGCAGACCCAGCGAAGAUCAAGAUUAUUUCAACAAGAAGCAAAGGGAGAUAUCACCCAAAACAAGGGUAUCACUUUCGCCGACCGCGAUAGGAAGUAGAUCUCCUCUGUUGAAAGUCAAAGAACAAUCUUUGUUGGAUGGGAAACUACCGAAAUCUGCAUAG